AUCCCUUCUUCCGCUUCCAAUUCCAAACCAGAGGAGCAGGCCAUUAUGUCGUACAUGACCGCCAAUAAGGGCGGCUCGGCCAGCAGUGGCUCAGAGACGGCAGAAACGCCCAUCCUCUGCGAGUCGUGCUUGGGGCCCAACCCUUUCAUCACCAUGACCAAACAGAGCUACGGCAAGGAAUGCAAGAUCUGCGAUAGGCCCUUUACCGUCUUUCGCUGGAAGCCAGGACAGGGCUCACGCUUCAAGAAGACGGAGAUUUGCACCACUUGCGCUACCAUCAAGAAUGUCUGCCAGACCUGCGUCCUUGACCUGCAGUAUGGCCUACCCGUUCAGGUCCGCGAUAGUGCCUUGGGCCUCAAGAGCCAGAUGCCAACGAGCGACAUCAACAAGCAGUACUACGUCAAUAAUCAGGAGGCGAGGAUCGCAGACUCGGCCGCUUCUGGAUCGCAGAUUCUCUCAGCUAUUGGACCUGCCACGUCUGCAGGCCAUGACAUGCUCAAGCAGCUCGCUCGGAAUCGCUCGGGUGGGCCCAAUUACAAUCGCAACAAGCCGCAUCUAUGCUCCUUCUAUGCAAAGGGGGAAUGCAAGAGAGGGGAUGCCUGUCCGUUUAGGCACGAGUUGCCUGUGCAGAACAACCUCAGCAAUCAAAACAUCAAGGACCGCUUCCAUGGCCGGAACGAUCCAGUGGCAAAGAAGAUGCUGAGCAGUGCAGCGUCGGAUGCUGGUCUGACGCCCCCAGAUGAUCGUGAGGUGACAUCCCUCUUCCUUUCCUCCCUCCCUGAAGGCAUCACAGACGCAGAGAUCCGGACCUGGUUCGUGAGCAAUGUCUCGACGCUCGAGCCACACCAAAUCAAGUCCAUCACACUGGUUGCGACUAGCAAAUGCGCCUUUGUCAACUUCAGAACGAGGCAUGCGGCUGAAGAGGCUGCCUUGAGGUGUUCAGCUAAGAUGGAGUUGGGCGGGCAGCAGAUUCGAGUAGCGUGGGGAAGGAGUAGACCAAAGAAGGCUGGCACCGCAGGGGCGGGUGCAGGGGCGACGGUCAGCGCUGCGACUACCGCCAAGGAGGUUUGA